CUUGAUUUCUCAUCAACACUCAAAAGCAAUAAACCAGCUCUCACUGCAAAUACUAUAUACGAUCACUCUUACUCACCUAUUCACAUACAUUAACGAUUUUACUAGAUAUAUUUAUACUUAUUAUUAUACAUUUUGUAUAUUCUUGAUACUGAAAUGGCAGGACAUGGUGCACACUACUCGGCUCCGGUUGAUGAAUGCGAAAAGCCUGUGAUUGUGGCUGUUGUCCAAGUGGAGACUUGUGAAGAGCCGAAAGAGAGCUUGAAGGAGAAGAUUCAUGAGAAGCACGAGGAAGUUGAGGCCAAGGUUCAUGAGCUCGAACACAAGAUUCAUGAGAAAGAGCAUGAGUUGAAGGAGAAGAUUCAUGAGAAACAUGACGAGGUCAAGGACAAGAUUGCGGAGAAGCAUCUUGAGAUGGAGGAGAAGAAGUACUUGAAGGAUCAUAAGGUGGAUGCUUAUCUUCUUCCCACAGGACAUUGUGAUGAGAGUGUGCUGGUGGUUGUUGAACCGGAGGAAAGCUUGAAGGACAAGAUUCAUGAUAAGGAGCAUGAGAUUAAGGAGAAGAUUCAUCAUGAGCACGAAGAGAUUGAGGAGAAGAUUCAUGAGGCCGGAGAGAAGAUUCACCACAAGCAUGAGGAGGUUGAGGCCAAGAUUCAUCAUAAGGAGCAUGAGAUUAAGGAGAAGAUUCAUCAUGAACAUGAAGAGAUCGAGGAGAAGAUUCACGAGGCCGGGGAGAAGAUUCACCACAAGAAUGACGAGAUCAAACACAAGAUUGAGGAGAAGCAUUAUGAGAUCAAAGAGAAGGAGCAUGAGCUUAAGGAGAAGAUCCAUGAAAAGCAUGAAGAGGUCAAGGACAAGAUUGCUGAGAAGCAUUUAGAGAUGGAAGAGAAGAAAUACUUGAAAGACCACAAGGUUGAUGCAUAUCUUCUUCCUACUGGCACUUGUGAUGAGAGUGUGCUAGUCGUUGUUGAGCCCGAGGAAAGCUUGAAGGACAAGAUUCAUGAUAAGGAAAUUGAGAUUAAGGAGAAGAUUCACCACAAGCAUGAUGAGGUUGAGGCCAAGAUUCAUCAUAAAGAACAUGAGCUCAAGGAGAAGAUCCACCACGAGCAUGAAGAGAUUAAGGAGAAGAUUCAUGAGGCCGGAGAGAAGAUUCAUCAUAAAGAACAUGAGCUCAAGGAAAAGAUCCACCACGAGCAUGAAGAGAUUAAGGAGAAGAUUCAUGAGGCCGGAGAGAAGAUUCACCACAAGCAUGAGGAGAUCCAAGAAAAAGAACAUGAGAUUGCAGAGAAAAUCCAUGGAAAGCAUGAAGAGGUCAAGGACAAGAUCGCUGAGAAGCAUUAUGAGAUGGAAGAGAAGAAAUACAUGAAGGAUCACAAGGUUGAUGCGUAUCUUCUCCCAACCGAAACAUGUGAGGAAAGUGUGCUACUAGUUGUUGAACCAGAAAAGAAGAAGAGCUUUGUCGAGAAGAUCAAAGAGAAAUUUCACCACCACCAUGACAAAGCCGAGACUUGUGAAGAACCUAAAGAGAGUUUAAAGGAAAAGAUUCACGACAAAGAACAUGAAGUUAAGGAGAAGAUCCACCACAAACAUGAGGAGGUUGAGGAGAAGGUUCAUGAGAAAGAACAUGAGCUCAAAGAGAAGAUCCACCACGAGCACGAUGAGGUUGAGGAGAAGAUUCAUGAGGCUGAAGCAAAACUUCACCAUAAGCACGAGGAGAUCAAAGAGAAAGAACAUGAGAUUGCAGAGAAGAUCCACGAGAAACAUGAAGAGGUCAAAGAAAAGAUUGCUGAGAAGCAUGAUGAAAUCAAAGAGAAAGAACAUGAAAUUGCAGAGAAGAUCCAUGAGAAACAUGAAGAGGUCAAGGACAAGAUUGCUGAGAAGCAUCUAGAGAUGGAAGAGAAGAAAUACUUGAAGGAGCACAAGGUUGAUGCAUAUCUUCUUCCAACUGAAACAUGUGACGAAAGUGUCCUAGUUGUUGUUGAACCUGAAGAGAAGAAGGGCUUUGUGGAGAAGAUCAAAGAGAAACUUCAUCGAUCCGACUCUUGCUCAUCAAGUGAUGAGGAAGAAAGCUUGAAGGAGAAGAUCCACGAUAAAGAGCAUGAGAUUAAAGAGAAGAUUGAGAACAAGCAUCAUGAGGUCGAGGAGAAGAUUCACCACAAGGAGCAUGAGAUCAAAGAGAAGCUCGACCACAAGCAUGACGAGGUUGAGGGAAAGAUUCACGAGGUUGAAGCAAAGAUCCACCAGAAACACGAGGAGAUCAAGGACAAGGUUGAGGAGAAACACCACGAGAUUGAAAACAAGAUCCAUGAGAAACAUGAAGAGAUCAAAGACAAGAUUGCUGAGAAGCAUUAUGAAAUGGAAGAGAAGAAGUACUUGAAGGAUCACCAGGUUGAGGCCUAUCUUCUUCCAACCGAAAAAUGUGAUGAGAGUGUGCUAGUUGUUGUCGAACCUGAAGAGAAGGAGAGCCUCAAGGAGAAGAUUCAAGACAAGCAUCACGAGAUCCAAGAGAAGAUCCACGACACUGAAGAAAAAAUUCAUGAAAAGAAUGAAGAGAUCAAAGAGAAGAUCCAGAACAAGCACCAUGAGCUCGAGGAGAAGAUCCACAACACUGAAGAGAAGAUUCAUGACAAGAAUCAAGAGAUCAAAGAGAAGAUUCAGGAAAAACAUCAUGAGAUCGAAGAGAAGAUUCACGACAAACAUGACAAGGUUGAUGCACCAGUAGUGACAUACCAAGAAACUGAAGAAGUUGUGUACUCCCCACCUGCUGUCAGUGUGGAGUACGCUGCCACCGCUACUGUUGGAUACGAGCCUGUUAAGGAGAAAAAGACCUUCAUUGAGAAGAUCAAAGAGCACAUUCCCGGCCUACACCACAGCAAGAGCAGUAGUCAUGAAGCCGAGAAAGAGAAGCUGGUGAAAGAGAAGAAAGACUCUGCAUACUAGUGACUUCUUCUUCAUCGGCUAAAUCAAAGCAGAGUUGAAGAUGAUGGUGUGGUUUUUAUUGGAUUCGAUUUGAGUUUGGUUCUUGUAUUUAUUUUUAUCAUGAUGUUCAUGAUAGGGUGCAUUACUAUUUCGUUUUGUUUUUGCUAUUUGUAAGUGAUUUCUUUGUAUAAGUUUCAACUCCAUAGGUAUGUUAUGGAGUUGCUGCAGAAUAAUAAAAGUAUUUAUUACAUUGUUUUGUAA